AUGGAGGACCUAGCCAAUCUUCUUGAUGAAGAUACACUGUCAUUCAGACCUCUGAACGAAGUGCGAUGGCUGUCGCGGCACCAAGCUGUCAAUGCUGUUCUGAGGAACUACACUGUGCUUCAAGAAUUCUACAAAAGAGAAUUAACUGAAAACAGAGAUCCAGUGGCAAAGUACUGCUACAAAAAGCUGAGUGAUUCAAAGUUCAAUGUUACUGUCACUGCUCUGGGAGAUGUUUUGGGUGAGCUAGCACAACUCUGCCUCACUUUACAAAGACGCAACCUGACUGUGAUGGAAGGACACUGCUUUGCUAGAGCAAAGAUUGAGAAGUUGCGUUCCCAGUACUUGAGGGAGAAGGAUGUACAGUGGAGUGACCGUGUCAAAGAGGCAAUGGCGACCUCAACAGCUUAUGACAGAAAUACUGAAGUGAGAAGGACAGACGUGAAAAAUAAGAACAUGACCCUCAGCCAGGCCACAACUGGACCUCAGCCAGGCCAAAGCAGGACUCUUCCCAUGGCCACAGCAGGACUCUUCCCAUGGCCAAAGCAGGACUCUUCCCAUGCCAAAGCAGGACUCUUCCCAUGGCCAAAGCAGGACUCUUCCCAUGGCCACAGCAGGACUCUUCCCAGGCCAAAGCAGGACUCUUCCCAGGCCAAAGCAGGACUCUUCCCAUGGCCACAGCAGGACUCUUCCCAUGGCCACAGCAGGACUCUUCCCAUGCCAAAGCAGGACUCUUCCCAGGCCAAAGCAGGACUCUUCCCCAUGCCAAAGCAGGACUCUUCCCAUGGCCAAAGCAGGACUCUUCCCAGGCCAAAGCAGGACUCUUCCCAAUGCCACAGCAGGACUCUUCCCAGGCCAAAGCAGGACUCUUCCCAUGCCAAAGCAGGACUCUUCCCAUGCCAAAGCAGGACUCUUCCCAUGGCCACAGCAGGACUCUUCCCAGGCCAAAGCAGGACUCUUCCCAUGGCCACAGCAGGACUCUUCCCAUGGCCAAAGCAGGACUCUUCCCAUGGCCACAGCAGGACUCUUCCCAUGGCCAAAGCAGGACUCUUCCCAUGCCAAAGCAGGACUCUUCCCAUGGCCAAAGCAGGACUCUUCCCAGGCCAAAGCAGGACUCUUCCCAUGGCCAAAGCAGGACUCUUCCCAUGCCAAAGCAGGACUCUUCCCAUGGCCAAAGCAGGACUCUUCCCAGGCCAAAGCAGGACUCUUCCCAUGGCCACAGCAGGACUCUUCCCAGGCCAAAGCAGGACUCUUCCCAUGCCAAAGCAGGACUCUUCCCAUGCCAAAGCAGGACUCUUCCCAUGGCCACAGCAGGACUCUUCCCAGGCCAAAGCAGGACUCUUCCCAUGGCCACAGCAGGACUCUUCCCAUGCCAAAGCAGGACUCUUCCCAUGGCCACAGCAGGACUCUUCCCAUGGCCACAGCAGGACUCUUCCCAUGCCAAAGCAGGACUCUUCCCAUGGCCACAGCAGGACUCUUCCCAUGGCCACAGCAGGACUCUUCCCAUGGCCACAGCAGGACUCUUCCCAUGGCCAAAGCAGGACUCUUCCCUUGACCACAGCAGGACUCUUCCCUUGA